CGACUGAUUGAAAUUCUUGACGCUUAAAGUUCUUGAGCGAAGAAUUUCAAAAUGUAUUGGUUUAUGGUGGCUUUUUUCCAUGGAUUGUUUAUAUUAAUGUUGAGAUUAUCUUCAUGUUCUGCUGGGUGUGAAGGUCUAGAUUCAGUUGCUGGAAGCUGCUCCACAAUUGGCAAUUGCACAGCUGAAACUGGUCAGCCUCCAUCCAUAGUCGAGUGCUAUGACCGUCCUCAGAACAUGCAUAUUUGUACUUUUGAAACAGUAACCGAUCGAGUACCGAAAGAGUUGGGAGUCAAAGUCGCUGAAAAUGUUUUCCAAUUACCUGACGCACACUUCACAGCCUCGUCAAAUCAAGACAACGCAAAAUAUGCUCGUAUAGGCCUACCAAGCAAUAAAACAUGGUGUGCUGACAAUGCUAACCAAUGGUUGGAGAUAGACUUGGGUACCGUGGUCACGGUGACAAGAAUUGAGCUUGUGCCCGUUGGAAAUACAGAUGCCGUAAAUUUUACGGUGACCUACAGAACUAAUUCGUCCAAUCCAAUGCAAAUGUAUUUAAGUGGAAGUGAGUUUCGGUCUACAGCAAAUAACACAUGCCAUCAUUUGUUCAUAAUGAAUACAGACACUAUACGGAUAAACAGUAAAACAAGUAAUUCUUGCUUUCGUCUGGCAGUCUAUGGACAAUUACCAGAUCGCCUGAAUACACCACAGGAACUGGGAGUGGGAGUUCCACUGGGCCCUAGUCCAUAUUAUCGAAUACCCGAUAGUAAAUUUAAAGCCUCUUCAAAUCAAGAAGAUGCAAAAUAUGCACGAGUAGGAUUGAAAGGCGACAAAAGAUGGUGUGCUGCAACCAACGACAAAAAUCCAUGGCUGGAAAUUGUAUUAGAUGUUGCAAAAACAGUUGAAAGAAUUGAUGUUCAGGGAGAUCCUACUAGACUGGAAGUCAAGUUCUGGCUUAGCUAUAAGACACAGAAGACCGGUGUCGCAUUCACUGAUUACAGAAAUAGAAAGAUAUUUACUUCCAAAAAUGGAAGUUCAACUCAUUAUAUAUCCAUCACAGAGCCAUACUCCAUACGUAUUAACUUAAACACCAGCAAACCAUGCCUCCGAGUCGCUAUCUACGGAGACCCAAAAAGAGAUAAUUAUAUCAAGGAAGUUGUACAAGUUGUACCGGUACCUGUUACGACACAGCCAACAGCGAUUUUUUUAGGGAGAGACAGCUUAUCGUCGAGCGAUUUUCACAAGGGAUUCGUUAUAUGGGUCCUCUUUCUAGCCGUCUUUGUAUUUCUAUUACUCGUGUUCCUGACCUUCUUGUUUUGUUGGUGUUGCAGAAGAGAAAGAGAAUUUCAACCAAAGUCAGAAAAAGUGACAAGAGUUACGUCGACAAAUUACGUUCCAUCAUGGCGUACUAUUGAUGCAAAGGCAGAGAAAGGUUACAUAGCGACACAGGAGGUCCAAGAAGUAAAGAUCGCAUUCGGUGACGAGUAUAUACCACCUGAUUUAAAGAAAGAGAAACUGGACCCGAACGAUGAAGACAAUUAUCGCCACAAGAUAUUUUCUUUCCGAGGCUGGGAAGGGACAAAGACUCCAGCAAUCAAAGUCGAAAAACCACCUAGCAUUCAAAAUGAAUAAUUUUCUCCCUCGUUCUCAUAGUAAAGCCUUAAUUUAAAAAAGACAAGUUAACCGGCCUUCAUCAACAAAGAUUACUCAAUCAAUGACUAUUAAACUGACUACUGCAAUUAAUAAUAAUUAAUUAAUAAUAAUAAUUAAUAAUAGCCCUUGCUAUUACAUUGCUAUUAUAAACACUACACAGCUGAUCUCGCGAAAAAAAAAUCAUAUUAGUCCGCACAUACAUACCGGAAGUAAUCAUCAUUUAUUAUUCACCAUACUAUAUGAAGUAUCGCAAACACAGUAUUCCAAUUGGCUAGUGAGCUGUGGUAUAUUCAAUAAAAGUAGUAUUUUCUAAUUUAGAACUUAGAGUGGUUUUCGUUAACCUGUGAAACACACUUUAGCGUAUUUAUCGCUAAAUACACUUUGGCUCUUGUUUUUUAUUGUCUCUACAAGACUAUUACGAUCUAUUGCACUCUAAUUAUUACACUUUGUUUCACGGGUUUAUGAAAACCACUCUAUCUAAUUUGACCAAUCGGUUUAGUCGACUAUCGAGAAACUUGUAGUCCAAUGGACCUCGUGGUCUAAUUUUUUGUUGAAUAAACUGAGUAGAAAAAUGGCUGAAUAUUAUACAUUGCCAAGGUUUCAGUUUUCAA